AGACGACAGAGGAACCCGCUGAUGCAGCGAGAGGCAAACAACAAGAGUGACACGCAGCAAUCUGGGCCUCUAACCUUGAACCAGUAGAGCACUAACAUGCCUGAGAGGGAUACCUGGCCAGGUGGCGUUGGAUUGGAGACGAUGAGCGCCAUGGACUCUGCCGGCAGCUGUGACAGCGUCGUCAGUGCCAAUUCUGGCUUUAGCGAGGACAGUCUGGAGCACUUGUCUGCUGAGGAGAAGGCCUGCCUCAUGUUUUUGGAGGAGACGAUUGAGUCUCUGGACACCGAGGAGGAUAGUGGACUGUCCAAUGACGAGCCCGACCAGAUGCCCAAUCCUGGUAAUCUCGCCAUCAAACUGGCUGACCUGUCGGCCUCCUUGAGCAAGAGCAAGCUGAACGAUUUACAGAAACAUCCCUCCAGAGAAAACAUCAAGGAGAACACUGACACUAAACCCCUGCAGAGCUACCUGGUUCCUACACCUCUUGUUAUGGCAGGCGGCGCCCUCUCUUCUCUAUCCAGCACCAAAUCAGGCUGUCCUCCAGAUUCAAACCUCUCCAAGCCUCAGAUCGCACCUUCAAUCAACAAAUCUAAUCAAAAACCCCAAAAGAAACCGGUCGUUCACUUUGAGGUGAAUGUUGAGAUACCUCCUCCCACAAAACCCAAGGACAGCUCAGUCAGGACAGUGGAGGGUCCUUUACCUCGAGGACCUCUGUCGUACGAUGCUCUUGUUUAUCUGCAAAGGAGUGCGUCCACGAAGAAGACCCCUCUGUGCCCAACAGUUGAUCACACUAUAGAAUCAGACAAACGUCCUCCUGCCUUGAUGGAAGGACCGGACUUCGGAAACAUACAGAGAUCUGACAAGUCCAACCCAGAGUCUUCCAGGCUGAACACAAGUCCUCCGGUUGUGCUCCCUAAACCCAAAACGAUUCCUGCCAGCAUUGCUGCAAAAACCCAGAACGGAGCUUCGUCAAUCACAAACACUUUGUACAGUAUCAAGCAUGCGAAAGACCCUGAGGUGGUGAGACAGAAGGCUUUGCUGAAGCUUGGCCUCCUGAAAGAUCAAGAAAAUGAGACAUUUGCUCCACUACCUCCCCCUAAACCUCACUCCACUUUGGACCCGACACCUAGAAGAUUCACAAGAGGUUCAUCGACAGGUAAUCCACCGAGAAGCCCAUCGUUUUCUUAUUCUCAAGUGCCCAAGAACAAGCCUCUGCAGAGCAGCGCCAGCUUCCAUCACUGCUCGAGAUCUGACCAUCAGUCUGCAUCGGUACCACAUCCUGUUCAGCCCAAAGGAUUAAAGACAGAUGCUCUGGGGGACCCAAGGAAAGGUGGGAACUGUCCUGAACGGGGACACCUCACAGGAGGGCCAAUGAAGACCACCUCUGCAGCUCAGCCUCAGAAACCCUCAAACUCUGUAGGAUAUUCUGUCAUGGUGGUGCCGGGGAUGGGAGCUGAUCGGAGGGAAGCGCUCAGAAAACUUGGACUUCUUAAACACUGAGAACAGGUGAACGGCAGGAGUGUGACUGCGUGGCUGCAGUGCUCAGAGAGUUCAGAGAACCAUCAGCUUACAGAGAGUUAGAGCAUUAAGAGGGAACUUGGCACUCAACACUUUUGGCAAAGUAACCCAGGAGGAUGAAGAAGAAGAAUUUAAAAGGGAAAACCAGGUCUUUCAUUCUAGGUUAAGUUUACAUACCUGAGGGCAGUUUCUUUCCCCAGCUAUUUUUAUUUGGUCUCAGGAGUUUUGGGAAAUGUACGUGAACAUUUCAAAACCCCUUCUGAUUAAAUGUCUCAUUGUGUUUGCUUUAACAAAUUGCAGUUAGUCACAACAAGAUCUUAAACCAGCAUAAGACUAGUGUGAAACUAGAAGACCAUCCGUACACUAAGGCUAACACCUUCUCUCUCCAUGUUAAAGAAAGUGAAAUAAUAAAUCAUGGACCUCCUCAUACAAUCCAAAUGUAAUUUUUGGGGUUAUAACAUGCCCCUCAAGAAAGUUUCUUGGAAAUUGGAUCUGUGGUUUUGUAUUUCCUGCUAUCAGACAGACAAACAAAUUAGAAGUAGAUACCUCUGCAACAGUCCCCUUACAUCAAAUCAGGCUGCACCAAAGUACAGAAAUGUAUAGAGAUCAGUUCCCUUAAUGAUUGCUUUAGUUUUUCUAAAUCAAAAUCAUAGAAUCAUUCCCUGGGAAAACCGAGAAAAUCUAAAACUGUUAAUAAAGUGAUGAAAAUAUUAGUUGAUCUGCCGCCUUUGUCGAGAUCCAGCCCGGAUCACAGAUGUGCCUUUAAGUGGAUCUUUGAUAACUUGUCUUGGAGCAGUUUAAUAAUAACGUAAAGCAAAACUCUGAAAAUGUUGUUGGUUGAUUUUUUCAUUGUUUUUUUAAACUACAGUAGCUAUAAGCAUUAUAUGAAUAUUUAAAUCUGAUGUAGCAGUAGUUGAAAGAUUUGUUUCUACUAUAAGUUUCAAAGUGUAUCAGUGUAUUUAGAGAUAGUCACACAAGGUUUGACAAACUGUUCACGUGACCCCCUUGAGAUGGAAAUUACCAUGAGGUUAAUUCUGAUAAAUGGUUCAUUUGUAACAACUCGCACACGUCACUGAAAUGAAACGGUUCUAUGGACAUCACUGUGUUACGUUACCAACACAAUCAUCUAAUUUGUUUUUAUUCUGCCCCAACUGCUACAAUAAAUUAUCAUCAGAGAAAAAUCUAAAGAUAAAUAGACCUUGCUUUCAAAAUGUGCUUUAUAUUUUCCAUAAUUCAUUUUAGCCACUGUUUCCCAUUUGUUCUUUUCUUAUUAAUAGGUUUGUUGUGUUUUAGUGUGUGUGUGUUCACAUAUAACUCAUGUCGUGGGGACCUACAAUCUGUCACCACAGUCACAUAUGGGGACUUGUCCUCCUCACGGGGCUUCAACUCUUCCUCCCUGUCAACCUGCAGAGUGACUCUACCUCUGGACUCCAUCCAGCUCUCCACUUACAGAAUGAUUACCAGUCAUACCACACUGCUCCUCUUACACAGCACUCGGGCUACGGGAAAUGCCAGCUCAGCUGUUCUUACAUUAUCCAAUUAUCUGCAGCCCUGCCUCCUUGUGAACGGUCCUGUCUUUGUUUACUUGAUGUCCGUCGCAUGUUAGUUUGCUAAUUCCUGCUAAAGAUUUAUUUGAAUGACCGGGGGAUUCGUUACGCAGCAGCUUCCGGAGCCUGAGCUUAAUUACGGUGCGGUAGAUAAUCGUGAGAGACAAUUACAGUAGCCCUCUGUUGUUUUAUCUUCUCGAUGAGGCAAGCACGUUGCAUGAUGGGCCUUUAUCUGUGUCUAGUGUGUCUGCACAGACAAAUAAAGAUUGUUGAGUUGUGUAA